GAAUGUUUUAAUCAUAUUUACCUAUGUAGAGCACUUUUUAGCUGUGUUCAUACAAUUUCUUUAUUAAUGUUAUUAUAACGAGGUGCCCUUGUAAAUGUUGUAAAGAGUUGGAUUCCACCACGGCGGUCAAGACCUUCAUAUUUAUAGAGAACCCAACAGUUCCUGCAAAGAGCAAAAACUUUACAGAAGUUCAGAAUGUACGAGUACGCUUGUCGAUAUCCAACAUCUGUUUAAUAGAUUGAUAACAUGGUACAUAUUUAUGAUAUGAACGUUUUUUCGAGUUUAAGAAGGUGUUUGGCUCAGACUUUUCUUUUCUUCAGGAUCAUCUUUUAACAUGUUCUUAAGUGGUGAAGGAAAAUAUAUUUAUACAUUACUCAUCCAUCAAGUUCACCAGUGUUCCAACAGUGAAGGCAGCUGUGGCAUUAACACAAUAUUCACCGUAUUAAACCAUAUUCACCAGUGCUUGUGGUUACACGGUUACUUUAUUUGUGUUUUUGUUUCAGGUCAAUUCAAAUUAAAUUCAUGAAUAAAUUCAUCUUUCAGAUCAGAUGAUACACUUUGAACACUCCGCUCUUGAACGCAGCUCUUUUCCCUACGUCAUGACGCUGGGGCGUGGCCUGUCGCUUCACAGCGUUAGCUCCACGCUUGCCUUUGACACUUUGUAUCCGCCGCAGCUGCUGUGAUUCCCCGCAGACACUUAGCAGCCGAGCCGCUGAGCCCGACCCGACACCAGCCCUCUCAGCUCCCCGCCGGUGCACCCCGUCAGCCGCCCAGCCCCAGACAGCAAGCCGCCAAGCAGCCGCUCCACCCGGCGAAGAUGUCCAAAGACGCGGAGGGAAAGAGCGAGAGAAUCAUGGAGGUGGAGGGCAAGGUGCUGUGGUACCCGGACUCCAAGAGGAACACGCAGAUGGACAGGUUCAGGACGCAGGUCAACGGGAACCACGGGCUUAAUCUGGCUAACUACAGCGACCUGUACCAGUGGUCGGUGGACAGCUACCCAGAGUUCUGGGCGGAGGUGUGGAGCUUCUGUGGAGUCGUCAGCUCCAAACCGUACGAGGAGGUGGUGGACGUAUCCAAGCGGAUCUCAGAUGUUCCAGAGUGGUUUCAAGGGGCUCGGCUCAACUACGCGGAGAACCUGCUCAAACAUGCGGACCAGGACAAAGUGGCUCUCUACGCUGCAAGCGAGGCCAAUGACGAGAUCGUGAAGGUGACGUUUGGGGAGCUGAGGCGUGACGUGGCAGUGUUCGCUGCAGCCAUGAGGAAGAUGGGCGUCCAGCCUGGAGACAGGGUUGUAGGCUACCUACCCAAUGGCGUCCAUGCAGUGGAGGCCAUGUUGGCCGCCGCCAGCAUCGGAGCCGUGUGGAGCUCCACGUCUGUCGACUUUGGCGUCAACGGCGUCCUUGACAGGUUUUCACAAAUCCAGCCCAAACUCAUCUUCUCUGUGUCCGCCGUGGUUUACAACGGCAAAACACACGACCACAUGGAAAAGCUCAUCAGUGUCGUCAAAGGUUUGCCUGACCUGAAGAAAGUGGUUGUCAUCCCCUACGCUCGCUCCAAACACGAGACUGACCUCUCCAAGAUCCCCAACAGUGUGUUCAUAGACGAUUUCUUGGCGUCCGGACGAGGUGACGGCGACCAGUUUCCUCAGCUGGAGUUUGAGCAGCUUCCGUUCAAUCAUCCUCUGUACAUCAUGUACUCGUCUGGAACCACGGGGGCUCCUAAAUGCAUGGUGCAUUCUGCUGGGGGCACGCUCAUCCAACACUUGAAGGAACACAUCAUCCAUGGCAAUAUGACCAGCAGUGAUGUCAUCAUCUACUACACAACGACUGGCUGGAUGAUGUGGAACUGGCUGGUGUCGGCUCUGGCAACGGGAGCCUCAGUGGUUUUGUACGACGGUUCACCACUGAUGCCCACACCUGAUGUACUGUGGAACCUGACGGACCAGCUGGGCAUCACCAUCUUUGGCACCGGGGCCAAGUGGCUGUCUGUGCUGCAGGAGAAGAACCUGAAACCCGUGGAAACACACAACCUCCAGUCGCUCCACACCAUCCUGUCGACCGGGUCUCCUCUCAAACCUCAGAGCUACGACUACGUCUACCGCUGCAUCAAGAGCAACGUGCUGCUGGGCUCCAUCUCAGGCGGCACUGACAUAGUGUCAUGUUUCAUGGGUCAGAACCCAACAGUUCCAGUGUAUCGAGGCGAGAUCCAAGCACGGAACCUCGGCAUGCCUGUGGAAGCCUGGAGCCUUGAUGGUAAGCCUGUAUGGGGAGAAAGCGGGGAGCUUGUCUGCCUGAAGCCGAUCCCGUGUCAGCCAACCCACUUCUGGAAUGAUGAGAAUGGGAGCAAAUACCACAAAGCAUACUUUUCAUCGUUCCCUGGUGUAUGGGCUCAUGGAGAUUACUGUAAAAUCAACCCAGAGACAGGAGGUGUCGUCAUGCUGGGCAGAAGCGACGGAACGCUGAACCCCAACGGAGUCCGGUUCGGCAGCUCGGAGCUCUACAACAUCGUGGAAGCGUUUGAGGACGUGUCAGACAGCCUGUGCGUUCCUCAGUACAGCGCAGAUGGAGAGGAGCGGGUUAUUCUGUUCUUGAAGAUGGCUCCUGGAAAGCCCUUCUGUCCGGAGCUGGCGGCGAGGAUUAGAGGAGCCAUCAGAAAAGCUUUGUCCGCCCGACACGUCCCCGCGCUGCUGCUGGAGACCCGAGACAUUCCUUACACCAUCAGCGGUAAGAAGGUGGAGGUGGCUGUGAAGCAGGUGAUCGCCGGCCGGGAGGUGGCGCAGAGAGGGGCUUUCUCCAACCCGGAUUCACUGGACCUUUUCAAGAACAUUCCUGAGCUGCAAAACUUCUAGAGCCGAGAGAAAGAACAACGGAGAGAAACCACCUGACGAGACUUCAGCUUAGUUUUUAAAUUAUCUAUUCGAAUCUGCAGGAACAGGGAGAGGUGCAAAGUGAAAGGGUCGUUUACAAAGGAGCCCUGAGCAUUUGUACAGGGAUCCAAAACAAAAAAUAAUGUAUGUCAAAGGGAUUUGGUACAAAUUAUUUGUAUAUAUAAUAAUACGUUUGUAGUGUCAGUCCGACAAGAGACUAAAACCAUGAGGUGCACUGCUGCAAUCACAGGAUCAAACACUCUCCUUGUCCGCUGUGCAGGUAAAUGUUGUCCUGGAUUCAGCUUUUAGUUUAAUAUAACAUAACUGAAUCUUGAAAUUCAACUUUAAGCUCUUUGCUUCGGCUCCGCUCUCUGAUUGUUGUCAGCCAGUGAUGAACCUCAGAAUGUCUCUGUGUCGUCUGCUCUGACCCCGGUGAUGGUUACUGAGUUGGUCCCAGUCAUCUCCGCUCUGCAGACAACUACUGGGAUCCCCAUCUCAUCGUUAUGUAUUUUUUGGACUGUGAAGCAUGAUAAGAAUGCAUUUAAAGAUGGUUAGUUAAUCACAGGUUCGAGUCCCAACAUGCCACCAGAUGCAGAGUGUCCCAAUUCAGGGGCCCCUGGGCUGUGCAGACGGCGAAGGUCCGACUGAAAGGAAGCGGUGUCGCCUACGGAGGGUUUCCGUAAUUUGCGAUACCUCCUGGUCCCGCCUUUAUCGCUGUCGCCUAUGAUGUCACCUAUGAUGCGUAGUCCCCGAAGGUCGAACCAUAAGAAAAUGAUCUGGUCUACGGAUGAUUUCCGUAAUUGUCAUCACCUUGUCCCGCCCGACGAGACAAUUUCAACGCCCCCUUUUUUGUUUUUUUAGCAUGUGCACCGUUAACUGCUUCACUGUGUUGGAGCCUGGUAAUUACCCUUUUGAAUAGUAGGCGACGCCAUUAUCUUUUUGAAAAAUAGUUCAUCACAAAAGUGCAACGAAUCAAGGGUUAGGUUGGUGUCAUCCACCAAUUACAACCUCCUGUGCUGGGGGGGGGGGGGGGGGGGGGUUGCAUUCGAUGGCCUCGACGCAAUCGGCCCCUGAAUUGGGACACAAUCGGAAUCGGAUUCAAACAACCAGAGAUUCUAUAUAA